UAAAGCCGGGAGGCGUUGCCAGCCGGCCACAACUGCCAGCAUGACUCGCAUCGCUUGUGUCCUCAUGGUGGCCGUAGCUGGCCUCUCUGCAGCGUCAGCUUGCCACUCGCCCUACAAGCGGGUGGGCGGCGGCUGCUUCUACUUCAGUGGCAAUAUCAAAAGGAACUGGUUCGGCGCACGAGACUACUGCAAGUCCCUGGAACAAGGGGGGUCUCUGGCAAUAGUGGACGACUGCAGCCUGAUGCGCCCGCUGUGGAACCAUAUCCUGUUUACAUAUGGCAAAAGCUCGCACUGGCUCGGCGCUUCGGACAUGCACCAUGAGGGUUCGUGGACGUGGGUGGACGGGUCGCCCGUCGCCAUGGGCAUGCCCUUCUGGUCAUUCAACGAGCCCAACAAUGAUGGCCAAGAGCAUUGUUUGGAAUUCUGGAGCGCGGGGAAUGGUUACUUCAACGAUGGUCAAUGUUCCAGAGUAGAAUCCUUCAUCUGCCAAGCCCCAAGGUCGAAAAACUCGUGGUCACGCUAAGACACAAUCCAGAUUCUAAGGAAAGGGAAUUUUCUACACUAACACUGAACUUAGUCAGGAAUGAAUCAAAGACUUAACCUUGAAGUUGUUGUUAUAGCACCUUAUUAAACGUUUGAAACCA